GCACUCACUCACGCACGCACGUUGGCACACACACAUUUUGUGGAGAAAGCUGUCCCGUCCAUUCGGUUGUUUGCUGCAGCCGAGACCACAUGGAGCACCGGUGAGCUGGCCACUACACAGACCAAGGUGGUAAGAUGGAGCGCUUAUGUUUGAUCCUCCUGCUGAUGAGUAGGACCACUUCAGUCUUGGCACAGUUUAAUGGCUACAACUGUGAUGCCACCUACCACAGUAGGUUUCCCGCGGAGCGCGACAUCAGUGUGUACUGCGGGGUUCAGACCAUGACCUUGAAGAUUAACUUCUGCCCAGUGCUCUUCUCCGGCUACACAGUUGCAGACCUUGCGCUCAACGGUCGCCAUGGCGAUACCCACUGCCGGGGCUUCAUCAAUAACAACACGUUCCCCACGGUAGUACUGUUCAGCAUCAGCCUCAGCACACUGGAGGCCUGUGGAAACAGUCUGGUGGUGACAACAGCCUAUGGGGCGAAUGUCUACAGGAACAUGUCACUGGUGCAGAUUGGGAAUAUCUCAGGGUACAUCGACACUCCAGACCCGCCAUCCAUCAUCAGCUAUCUGCCCGGCCUGCUGUACAAAUUCAGCUGCAGCUACCCCCUGGAAUACCUGGUCAACAACUCACAGCUGGCAUCAUCAUCUGCUGCAAUAUCAGUGAAGGACAGCAAUGGUACCUUUGUGAGCACAUUGAGUAUGAUCCUUUACAAUGACUCAACCUACAACCAACAACUCUCUAUCCCAAUGGCCGGACUGGCUUUGAAAACCCGAGUGUUUGCUGCAGUGAAAGCCACAAACCUGGACAAACGAUGGAAUAUCUUGAUGGACUACUGUUACACCACUCCCUCAGGGAAUCCCAAUGAUGAACUGCGCUAUGACCUUUUCUUUGGAUGCUAUAAAGACCCACAGACCACUGUUUUUGAGAAUGGGAAGAGUCAAAUGGGUCGUUUUGCCUUCGAAGUGUUCCGUUUCGUCAAACACAGACACCAAAAGAUGUCCACUGUGUUUCUGCACUGUGUCACCAAGCUGUGUCGGGUAGAUGACUGUGUCCUGCUCAUGCCGAUCUGUGGGCGUCGGCGUAGGAGGGACAUAGAGGAGAGCCUGGAGUCUCGGCCGUCAUCUGGGGAUGCCAUCAUUACCGCUGGACCCAUCAUCACCAGGAUUGAUGAAACUCCAACAAAUAACUCACAACUUGCUUCAUCGAGUGGCCCCUCCCUGCCAUUGAACCCAGUGACCAGUGCUCUGCUGUCGGGUGUGGUCAUUCUGGGCGUGUUCAGUCUGGGCUUCUUCCUGCUUUCGCUCCGCCUCCUCCGCAGACCCCCCCUCCCUACAGCCACACCCUCAGAAGCAUGGAACCCUGGCUUCAAAUAAAUCUCUGGUGUGCGUGUGCUCUCUCUUUCUCAUUAUCACUCUCAUUCUCCUCCUCACUUUUUUCUCUCUCUCUCUUAUCCAUCUAACUAUAACGAAUACCUACAGUAUGUAUUUGCACGGCAGUUAAAAUAGGCAGGUGCAUAUAAACUCCCAGUAAAGAUAACUGUGACCUAAAAUAAUGAUUCUAGAGUAAGAGGAGGUUUAGCCACAAGCAAUAGUUUCACUAUGUAACUACCAAGUAAAUAGAUCAAUACAUAAUAGGAACAGUUAUUGUAGAGCGGGACCUGUAUUUUCUGAAAUGUGUACUUAGCUACUCUAUCUUUCCUGAACGUGGUCUUACUCUCUGUUUCUUACUUACUCUUAUCCGGCAGCUGUAACAGUCACUGUCAUGCCAAACUCUCAGUCACAUACUCACGUGUACAUACACAUAGUCAAGCGCAUAUUGAUACUGUAAAUAGUUAAUUCCUCCUUUGUGUACAAGGGUAUAGUAUAUGUUCAAUAACAAUUUAAUGAAUUGUUUUCCUGUUCUUUAUUUUGAUCCAUUGAUAGACCAGUGUAUUGUUUUUUACAGGUAGUGUGUAAUAAAACUGACCCAGGUCAGUAUGGAAGGCUCAUUUCCCAUCUAUUCAAUACCUUAGUGUCUUUUUGUCAUCGAUUGUUUGGCUCAGGAUCAGUUACAUUAAAGAAAUGAAGGGUCAUACAAAUAACCCUGACACCCGGUGAUGACUGCUACUAUCCUCUACAAAGACCAACACCAAAAUGUUACUUGUUGUAGCUAUUUGAUUUCUAUAACACACUACCUGUCUUAAGUAUAGUACUAACACGUGAAGAGAAUUGAAGUGAUCAAUUUUAUAUAUAUAUGAUCAUGAUGAAUAUUUAUAUACCAUAUGUACUUAUUGGUAUUAAUUAUGGCUGAAAUAUUGACUUCCACAUAACUUGAAUAUUUGUGACAUCAAUGCUUAAUAAAAAAAUUUAAAAAAUCUUGCUCAAGUCAGGACUUCAGCCUAUGUGCAUUUUUUAUUUGAGAAUGAUGUGUUUUUUCCCCUUUUUAGGGAAUUUGCUAUUUGGCCUUCACUGAUGUGGAAAGUUUAAAAAAUAAAGCAAAAAAUGUACUGUAAUUGCCUAACUUCGUAUUAUGUGUUUAAAGUUAUAAUCAUGUUGAAAGGAGUUGCAUGU